UUUAGAUUUUUAUUUAAAUGAUUAACCUAAGCUGAUUAGCAGUAAGUAACUUGCUCAAUGUUAACAACAAAAUUAGACUGCGUGUCUACGGUAAAUAAGAUGCCGUGGAUCGUGAUCAGUAUCACAUGGUAUGCUAAAACCUCGCUAAAGCCCUCUCUCUCUCUAUCUCCAAACCCUAAAAUCCUAGCAAUGGCCUCUCGCUGUAGAUCUAUCUCGCAACCAACUCUGUCUUUCCUCAAAUCGACAUUCGCCAAACCCAACGUUAAACCCAAAUCCACGACGUCUCAUCACACAGCUACGCUGCGCUCUUCGCUCUCGACUCCAAGGUCGAUCCCUCAAUUGGGUGCUCUUCAGUCUCUGCUUCCUCUCCACACAGCGGUCUCUUCGGCUCGGCUCACCUCGUGCCUCGGUGUUGAUUCGAGCGGCUCGAGGUCGUUGUCUCAGGAACUAGGUCUCAGUGUGCCGCGAUAAGAGCUUAAAUUUUAAAGAUGGCGAGUGAUAGAUGGAUUAGAGUCAUGCUACUCUUCUUGGGUUGUCUUUUCUCACACACCUGCUUGGAAUAAUUUUUUAUUGGUCUGUAUUAUGAGAAUGGUGCAUUACUUCAAUUCUCUGGCAUUUUUACUGUUAGAAUCCUUGAAAACUCCAUGUUGAAUUCUUCUUUCUCCUUGAUUUGGGGACUUUUUCAUUCGUAUUUCUCUUUUUGAAACCUUUGCAUCAAGUGCAACUUAUUCGGCUA